UGCCGCCCCGACCAAACUUCGAACUUGGUCCAAUCCAUUCUUCUACCAACUACAUACAUAUAAGACAAUCUCUCACCUCCACCUGUGACGCACACCAUCUUCCCACCCCCGGACCUGUUCUUGCCUGUGCCUUUCCUGAAAAUGUCAUCAGGACGCCCAGUCCUGAAGACCUCUUUGCCCUCGAUUCACGCGGCGUCCACUGCAGCAGGCCCCUCCAAUCCCGCCGCAAAUCGACGAGCGCCACCCAUCAUUUCUCAAGCGUCCCAGCAACAUGGUUCGUUUCCAAACCGUCCAGAUGCCGACCCCCGCCAUCUAGCGAUCGCUUUACAUCAUGCGCACCAGAUUCAGGCCCAGAAAGACACGGAAGGUCUGAUCCUGGACCGCAUUCUGGAACUUGUCACCCUCCCACCCUCUCCCUCAGCAGAUCCUGCCUCUCCGUCCCCCGACGAUGCUCGGACUUUCAAAUCUGCCUUGGUUCCUUUCCAGCCCGCCGACUACGACAACUUAAUUUUGGAGAGAAACAUCGAAGGUCUUUGUGGCUACGGUCUGUGCCCUCGUGAGCACCGCAAGGAGGAUGCCCGAGGCACUUAUCGCAUUACCUGGGGCGCCAAGGGCAGCGGGCCUGGCGGUCGCGGACGCGAGAUGAACAUUGUUCCGAAAGAAAAGAUCGAGAUGUGGUGCUCUAACGAAUGCGCCGAAAGAGCCAUGUAUAUACGAGUACAGCUGGCCGAGGAGCCCGUGUGGGAAAGACGAGCAGACGAUGCGCGCGGCAAACAUCUCGUCUUGCUCGAAGAGGGCAGGGCCAAGGAAGGCAAGGGCAAAACAAGAAACCCGGUGUCUGUCCGAGAGGUUGUCAGUCAACUAGACAGCAUGCACGUGGACGAACCCCAACGCUCAACUGAUAUGGCAGAUGACAUUGCAAGGCUCUCUGUUCACGACGAUGCUCGUUCACGUGAGCUAGCUAUGGAACGCGGAGAUGCCCAUCCCGCGCUUUACACCGGGAGAGUGAAUAUCCAGGUCCAGGAGAAUAAUAAUGCUCACGGUCCAGUUAUGGCGCCGCAGAUGCGUCCCGGAGACGAGAAGGGUGGCUCCAUCGAAGGGUACGUACCUCAGGAGAACUGAUAUGCUCUCGCAUAUGGCAGAAAUGACGCAACUUGGUAUAUAUGGGGCGUUUAAAGGUUGAUACCCGGGUGAUAAGAUAGCAUCAGAUAAAUUUAGAUCGACAUAAGGUUGAUAUUCUACGAAAGAAU